AUGAGUGAAUCUAUUAAGGGAGAAGACAAGAAACUUCAUUUUGAAAAUACGGAUCAAGAUAGGAUGGAACUUGACCAUGAAGAUAUACAAACUGACACCAAUUCAUUAGUAAAAGAGACAAUAGAUGCUCAGGUGUCUGAAUAUGAAGAUUUUGGCGAUGCUAAUGAUUCUAUUAUAGAUCAGAAUGACGUAAAAACCAACCAGGGCGAGGUUCAGAAAGACACUAAUCGGCCAGAAAACAAACUUGUCGAUGAUGUUAAUCAAAGUCUAUCUAAUAUGAAGACUAAUGAUAACCAAAGUAUAAACACUAUAGGAAAUGAGGCAUUUAAAGAAAUUCUAAAGAGCUCAGAUGAAGGAGAUCAGUUGCCAAACGAUGACGGUGUCAAUCUAAAUGAGGAACCAGAUAAAGUUCUGAUGGCAGGAGACUACAUUACUGAUAAUAUUGGAGGAGAAAGCUUAGAAGAGGAUCACGAAUCAAAUUUGGCAAACAUUAAAAAUGAGGAAACUCCAAAUGCAACGAUAUUAGAUGUUAAUAGAGAAGAACAUUUUAACGAAGAACUCGAAAAAGAAGAUUCUAACCUUUUAGCAAUUGAGAUUAACAAUCAGCAUGCUUUUCAUGAUAUCCAAGAUAAUGAUUCAAUUAAUACUAAAGGAGAAAAUAACGCAGGAGAUGACAUCAAUACUAACUUAUCACUAACAGCAACUCCAGAAAAAGAUGAUGUCGAAUAUUCAAACCAAGAAAACCAAACUACUAACCUUACACCACAACUGCCACCUAGAAAAGGAUCUAUGAGUCUAGACUCAUCAAAUUUAACAAAAGUAGCACCAGGUCCAAGUUCACCACCCCUACCAUCUAGAAAUAGAGUGGCAGUUCCCGUGAGCAAUAAUGUGGGAAUAAAAAAUGCAGUUCAUAAUGUACCUCCAACAUUAGAGACUGAAAUGCAAAGUGAAGCCUUUAGAAAAAAUUUAGGUUUUACGAACGCAGACGUAAUCCCGCCUAAGUUACCAUCAAGGAACCAUUCUAAAAACACAUCUAUUAUAAGCUCUGCAGCUGAGAUUAAUUUAAUAGUAGACAGAUUUAGAAAAACUAGUCAUAAUUUCCAAAACGAGAACGAUGUGUCAAAGGAAAAUUUAAAGGAAGGUAGGUGUAUAUUGAGAUCCUCAUAUAGCACCCUUGUCGAAAGAUUAGUAUCAGAUUCCACUGCUACGAAUAAUGAAUUAGCUUCUAAAACAGAAUCCGAAAAGAGUGAUCAAGAGGAGAAUAUCAUGGAAAUUGACUGGAACUUUUGGUCGGAAGUCGUAGAUGAUUUUUCUAAAGUGACUCGUGAUGACCCUGAUAAACUUGAAAAGAUGAUUACUGACGGUAUACCUCCCCAAAUUAGAGGAAUAAUUUGGCAAUUGAUUUCUAAUUCCAAAUCAAAGGAAUUCACAGAAAUUUAUUCUUCUCUCAUAAAUCUUGAAUCGGUACACGAGGCAGCAAUUCGUAGAGAUAUUAGAAGGACCAAUUUUAUACCUGAAGAUAAAACUGAAUCCUUGUUUAGUGUCAUGAAAGCAUACUCUCUAUAUGAUAAAGAAGUCGGAUAUACACAAGGCAUGGCUUUUAUUGUCGCCCCAUUGCUUUUAAAUUGCGAGUCGGAAGCUGAUACCUUUGGUUUGUUAAUACGUUUGAUGAAUAAUUAUGAAUUAAGGGAGCUAUUUUUACCAGGUAUGCCCGGCCUUAUGUUGAUGUUAUAUCAGUUUGAUAGGUUAAUUGAAGAAAGCUCUCCUCAGCUAUACAAUUAUUUAACUAGACAAAGUAUCAGAUCAACAAUGUAUGCCACUCAAUGGUUUUUGACAUUUUUUGCAUACAGAUUUCCACUGGGGUUUGUCAUUAGAAUAUUCGAUAUUGUUUUCGUCGAGGGUAUAGAAGCUAUUUUAAAAUUUGCUGUCAUCUUAAUGCUAAAGAAUGAAGAUCAUAUUCUUAGCUUAAAAUUUGAACAGUUACUGGACUUUCUGAAAACUGAAUUAUUUCAUUAUUAUUCAUAUGAAUCGAUUAAUGAAAGAGCUGCUAUGAGCACAAAAAAUAAUAAUAGUAUAGAUUCUAAUAAUUCUACUGAUGAUGUAUAUGAUAGUGAUAAAGCUGACGCUCAGUCGGUUGUACAAAAUGAAUUGAAAAUGGUACCAUCUUCUCAUAGCACAAUAAAGAGAACAGUUACAAAGACAAUUCGUGAUUCAGAAUAUGAUACUGAUUUAUUUGUACACGACGCAAUGAAUGAAGUCCACAUUACUCCAAUAUCACUUCAAAGAUAUUCAAAUGAAUACAAAGAUAUUCACGAACUUGAACAACAAAAGGAACAACAGUACGAACAUAUGAGAAUUAAAAAUCAUCAAUUACAUCGAGAAGUAAAAAAAUUGGAACAUGACUAUACGCAGCUAAAUCGGGAACAUGUUUCUAUUGCAAAUGAAUUAAUUAAUAAUAGACUAAAAAAUGAAACCUUAAUUGAUGAGAAUAAUGAUUUAAGAUUAACUGUAUUAACCCUUAAGAGGCAAUUGGAAGAAGAAGUCCGCAAGCAGAGCCUACCAAACCCAGAUGCCGCCCUUCCAAAUGAUUUAAAAUAUGAUUUAGAACAAGCUAUGAAUAGAAACAGAGAAGUCAUGACCGAGAAUAUGAAGCUACAAGAUAAAAUCGGUGAUUUGGAAAAUUAUAUCGAGAGACUAAAAGCCAUCCGUUAUCCUAAAUCACCUUCAAAAGAUUCCAAUAGUAAUCCGGUGGAGCCUGCCUCACCUCCAUCUGGCGGAUGGUCUGGCUUUAAAAAAGUUUUUGCCAAACCUACAUCAUAG